AUGGAAUACGAUCCCACAUACAAUGGUGCGGUCGACUGGAACUUUCCCAGUCCCACAGCGACGCCCACUUCGGCGUCCUUCAACCACAAUCACUUCCAAACGCCAAAGACUGCGACUCUCCCGUCCCAGUUUUUCCAAGAUGCCUUCUCGACGCCGCAGAUGCCUGGCUAUGCCACCCCACGCCAGCCCGAAUACCCCUCCAUGGCUUCGAUGCAGAGAGCGCAGCAGACAUCGUCGGAUACUCUGAGGAACAACUACUACGCCAACGUACAAUCCGGCGGCCCUAUCGCUGGGCAGGUCAUGCCACCUCCCAGUCAAGCGGGAUAUCAAGCGCCAGUGGUCAGCCCGAUAUACGGUUACUCUCAGGCACUUCCACCUCAACCAGGCCAACCCAUGGCGUUUGACUCUUCUCACAUGCAGACCCCACCGCCGACGAGAGGGACCUCUGUGAAGAAACCUACGCCUGGUCAGCCCAUUGCGUUUGGGACUCCUUCGACGAUUGCCUCGAGGCGGUUCGUGACACCCCAACAGGUCAACACUGCGCAGCCACAGAUGCAAGGCAUGCCGAACAACCAUAUGCAGUUUCCUCACCUGCAGUUUUUACCUGAUGUGUACCAAUUCGGCAACUUGGGGCCAGCAUCAGCUCCAGUAUUCCCACAGACACAGCUGUUGUGGGAACACACCGCCAGUCCGCACGUGUACAACCAGCAGAGCAUGCUCGAUGAUCCAUUUGCACCCGCAACGACAGGCGCAAUGGGCUGGCCGGCCAUGCCAAUUCAGCAGAACAAUGGCCAGCCCGUAGCCUUCGACACCCCUGUGAUGAGCAGCUUCCCUGUACAAGCCCCCAUGCAGAGGCCGGCAUCUGCAGCGCCAAUGGCUAACAACCAGACACCGCAACCCCCUCCGGUCAGCACUGCAACUGGCGUAGAUCCUUCACUUGUCUACAGCUCUCCGGUGCGCCCAGUACUACAAUCCGUCCCUCGCCAGGUCAAGGCACGAAACAAUGCGAGCAAGACUGCAGCGGCGCGCAAGGAUAGCGCAAAUGUAGAUCACCAGCGCUCAGAAACCGCAACAUCGGCCGAUGCCAUCAUCACGCCUGUCUCAAAAAGCGAGCUUCGACGUAGCAAUACGACUGGUACCGCGAGACCUUCGAGCGCGCAUCCAACAGUAGGAGGAGAGUCACUUGCCAGGAGCAAUGCGGUCCUGCAGCCGCCUCGAACCGCUUCGCCGCUCAAGCGUGCGGGCAAGGCUUCUCUAGGAUCCAUAUCAGAGACGAAGAAACCAAAACCGCAAUCGCGAGCUUCCGUCAUACUGACCGUUGACGAGAACGGACGCGCAAGGACACAGACGACACAAGCAGAAGACGACAGUCCCGAGAAAGCAAUGAGAGAAAGAUACCCCGGCUUGUUUGAUAGCGAUUCUAGUGAUGACGAGUCAGAAGAGGAGGAGCAGACGCCCAGCCGAAGUGCGUCUUUCAGCUUCGCAAAAGGAGAAGAGAGGAAAUCGAAAGCGGCCAAGCUUGACCCGCCAGUCGAAAACUUAGAGGGUCUGACUCUUCCUCGCUCUUCUUCGGCGGCGUCCAUGAAGGUGACGCCGUCCAGAGCUGCUAUUGCUGCUGCUGCUCAGCUUCGUCGUGGAGGAAGUCUUCGCAAGCAGACGCCAAGUCGAAACGGCCAGAGACGUGCAGCAAGUAACGCGGCUUCUUCCAUUGACACUGCACCUAUGGAUGUCCCAUCGGAUCGACGACAGUCUAUGGUCAAUGUCGACGAUUCGCAGAUGGACUGGGCUGGAAGUACCUUGAACGAGCACAACCGACGAUGGAGUAUGAUGUCCCAACAGUCAAGUGCAAUCAUCAUCUCCAACAGGUUGAACCAGAAAGAUUCAAACAGACACCACCGUCACCAUCACCACCACAACCGAUCCCCACCCCACGAGUACAGAGACCUUUCCAAGACGGACAUCGAACUCAUGGCCCCUAUCCUCGAUGCUCUGCCCGAUCCCGAUGCCUCGAACGCGUCAACAUACCGGCAAGUCACGAAGCAGAUGAUCUCAGACUUGCCCUCCCACCUUCGAGCCAAGGUCCCCCAAGUCUCGACCUUCUGCUCUCUCCACCACAAGCUAAACCCCAUGCCCCUCAUCGACCUGCUCCAAGCCGUGCAGAAAGAACUCACCCCAUCCAGUCUCCGCACCUGGGAUGGCGUCGAAGACCUCCCCUUCACCACAUUACAAGACGUCAACGCCAUCUGGACGAAACCCGACGACUUCCGCAAGCUGUUCAAUCGAUCCCCCAGCAUACGUUUCAGCUACGAAGACCACAAAUGCGCCGCGUGCAGACUCGCGUGCAUCGCUCGCAACCCAGAGGCGAUGAUCGCGCUGGGGGCUAUCAUGAUCGCGCGGUUGGAUCCGAGGAAUUGGAAGAAGAGUAAGCGGAUUUUGUGGUUUGAGGUGUCGUUGAAGGGGUGUAUUCAGUGGAGGCAGGAGGAGCUGAGUGCGGUGGAGGUGAUGUGGAAGACGGGGGUGGCGCUGACUACUGGAUCUGCUCCUUCAUCGACGAAGGAGAUGGGUGAGACCGCUGCGGUUCGUCCACCUCGCUCACCGGGUCAGGAUGACCAUGUUGCGUUUGUUGCUGAAGCUCUGCAGGAUGUUGAGGACCCCUUUAUUGAUCCGGCAACGACUCCGACCGCGACUCCGCACAAUCCCUUCGAUGACCCGUACGACGAGCAGGCAAUGGACACUCUCUUCCCCGACGACAGCCAACAACAACCCUACACCCGCAGAUGCGCAAUCCCAGAGCCCCUGCGUACACGCUCUCGACAAACCGGUUCAUCAGCCUACUCCCACGAGACAGCUCGUCUCCUAAGAACGCCCGCAACAACGAACUUUGACCCGCGAGUCGCGUCUUCGAUCUACUCCCGUCGACCGGAUGAUGAGGAUGAAGACGAGGCGUUCUGGGCCUCUGCACGCUUCUCGGGGUCUUCUCCUUCGGAGAAUGAGGUGAUUGAGGCGUAUCGGGGCAGUUCUCGGAUCAAUGGGUCUAGAGCCAGUGGGAGGGAGUUUCUUUGA